GAACGAGCACGCAGCAAUCGAACAGCAUCGUCAGUCCCUCACGGUGAGCCGGUUCAGUCGGUUAUCUUCGUUCGUCUCCGUUGUUUCGAACAGUCGUUCUCGUAGGUGGCUGCGUACACGUUCCUCUGUCUCUCUCUCUUUUUCACUCGUGUCGAACAAAAGUCCCUCAGUGUUUGUAACCCCCUCGUGUUAUCUACACACAUCGCGGACGAUCAGUGCGUACGAUUUUGUUGGUGGACAAACAUCAUCGACGACGAGGCUGUUCAGUUUGUGGAUUUCUACCCUCUGCAUCCCUGUGGAUUACUCGGCGUCCCGCAACGGGAUCUUCUCUAUAAGGUGAGUACCCAGGUUUCACGUUUACUAAUUCAAGCCGUGUCAUUUAAUCGGACGAGGCGUAGGAUGGGCCCGACCGUGCGAGGAGUCGUGCUACACUGAAGAGGAGGUGCUCCCCUGAAAAAGAGAGAAAAGGAGGAAGGAACGAAGGAUGCCUGCCUCGCAAUCCGCCGCCACAGAGCGGCGAAACGAGAGGAUGAUCACACACGAGCCACCAAAAUUAAAGACAACCCUGAAAACGCCUCCUAAACAAGCGACCAAUCCUCUUCAAUUCGUUAAAGUUGGACCGUGCUCGUUGUAUCGUACUGCUCAGGAACAGUUGCAAAAGGUUCAGGAAGUGAAAAAGAUAAAACAGGAAGUCCGCGAUGAUCCUGAAGAUUGGCAAUCGAAUUUGGACAACUGGAAGAGCAGUCGAAGGAAGCGUCAGGAACACAUAAUCGAGCGGGUGGUCGAGGUGAAGAAACUCGAGCUGGAGGAACACGAUCGGCAGCGUCGUCGAAGCAAGACUUUCUCAGAAAUGAUGGAAGAGAGGGGCAAUAGGGGUCGCAAACUGAGCAUCAGCUUGGCCAUGUACCACGAAGAAGAUGCCAAUGACCUGAGCGACCUUGGUAUAGGAACCAGCAGCGGAAAGAGCUCGGUUAGCGGCGACACACACGAUGACACACACAGUGUCUUGAGCGACAGAGACAGCGAGAUAGAGAAGAAUCACUCGGACGUGGACAACGUGGCAAGCGAAAGCGUGAUCGGCAGCGACAUCACGACAUCAUCGACGACCACGACAGCAACAACGACUACGAUGACGAAGAAACCGUUCGGGAACGGCUUCCACAGCAACCAUAAUCACAACAACCAAGAGUACGAUUCGGCGACCACAGCGACGACCAGUUCUCCCGAACCCGAAGAAUACACAUACGAGGGUGCGAUUCGAGGUUACGUAUCUCGAGUAUCGCAGAACAUACCAAGGCGAUCAUUAGCCAGCCUGGACGCAAAAUUAGACAGUUCAAAAUCAUCAGCGAACGGUUCAAAGACGAGUCUAAACGACGAAGGCAAGUGUACCAAUGUACCGGUAGUGAAAGUGGACAUCCUGAAGAGGCGAGAGAUCUUCGAGAAGGCGUCGCAGAAGAGUAGCGAGAGCAAAGCGAACAACAGGCUCUCCGGCGAUUUCACUGGCACGAAAUCGAUCAAGGAAAGGCUGUCGAACCUGGAGAAGCAGAAACACGACGCGGAGAACAACGACAAGACCGGAAAAGCGCUGAGUAGACUAUCCGGAGACAUGAGCUCGAUCCGCGAGCGAUUAUCGCACCUUGAGAAGCAAGCGUCCGAAAGAGAGAGCAAGAGCUCCACGCAUCGCAAGCUGAGUACCGAAGAGCUAGAGACAGUUAGACCACUCAGAGAAAGACUGUCCACGCUGGAAAAAUACAGCAGCAGCGACGAAUCUGCACCAGGUACCGCUCACGAGUCCCGACACAACGGCGAGCUGUCAGCCAGGUCCAUAAAAGAUCGCCUGAAUGCUCUGGAUGCGGCCAGGAGCAAGGAAGCCGCGGAUAAGAGAUCCUCCGUAGGAAAGCACUCCCUGUGCUUCCGGGACCAGGAGAACAGAAUCGACACAUCGACACCUAGCGAGAGAAGCUCCUCCCCUGAUUCAGAAUAUCGAGUGCCCAGGGCAGCCUUCCACAGAAGCCUGGACUCCCUGGACGCGGACGCCUCCAGUGGCCCCGAUACUUUCGAGCGUGUGCAGAGUCUGGAAGAACUCGAUUACGGCAGACGUUAUCCGGCAUCAUCCUCGUCCGCUGAACUGUUGAAUGAUACCGAUCGAGAGGAUUCGGGCAUUCACACGGCCGAUGUCAGCUGCUCCGUCAGCCAGGCGGAUGAACCCGUGGACGAGGACAUCGUGCAUGCCAGCACGAUUAUCGACAGACAACAGGAAGCGAUCCAAGAGACACCGGAAGAACCUCGUGACGUCGAGACAGUCAACGAGACUGUCUCCGAACAGUGCACCGCUGGGUCCGUGAACGACAUUUCGACUUCUGCCAGUCAACCGGAAGCAGUAGUAGCAAAGAAGGGUACUGCUGACACUUCUGGGGAACUGUCGACUAACAAAUCACAAUCGCAGGCACACGCAGAGGUUACUAACUCAAGUACACUUCGUCCUUGUCCUGCUACGAGUCGCCCGAUCGUGUAUCAAAGUCCCAAAGUACCUCCUCGAAGAACACCUCCCGAAACGCUUCCCAAACCAAAGUUACCCGUCUCCAAAGAGCAGAUUGAAAGCAAACUGGACUCUCAACCUGCCAAGGAGUCUAACGCAGCAUCAAGCUCCGCAGUGGAGCAAGAUUCCAAAUGUAUUAUCGACGAAACGAACCAAAGCUCCUCCAACGAGGACUCAGCUAAAGUAACGACUUCUUCGCCAUCGCCGGACUCCGCCAUAGCAGACAGUUGUCUUCUGUCUCCUGUCAGGACGGCGAUGGUUCCGACGAACCUUCAACUAGAGUCAAACGCUACCUCGAGCUGUUCCUCCAAAGAAAUUCCGAAAACGACUCCAGUCACGUCUCCGCGCGCAGCCUCCAAGAUCCCCACUCCGCUUCCCAGAAAGACAAUAGGCGCUAAAUCAUCCCCGACGAGUUCCACGUCUUCCCUGAGUCCACCCAUCUCACCGUCCUCUCCCAAAACGCCAUCUUUAAAGACCAGGAGCAUGAAAAGUCCAACCGUUCAGCUAGCAUCCCCGCAGUUUCCAAAAGCAUCGGAGAUACCUGUCCCUGUGUCCUCUUGUGUACCUGUCUCCCCCUCCGCUUCAGAACAGUCAGCGAAACACGUAUCCAGCUCGAAACACCAGGUGAUGGGUGAAGAGACGCUGGCUACGGAAAGACGGCGAACGGUGGUGGAAAUUUGCGAGAAGGUGGUGGUGCCACGCGGAAAAACACCUACGACACCUCCGGUGACGCCGUUCAUCACGGUGGACCGCGUCGGCGAGAAGCAGACCGAGGAACCGAUCGUUAUCGAGAAGGCGAACGAAGAGGAGGCACCGGUUAUUUGCCAGACGAACCCGCCAGUCGACCACGAAGAGCACGAGGAAGAGGAAACACCAAUGAUCGAGACUUUUGAGCCACCACCGCGAAAAUCGACUGAACAGUCGAUCGAUGCACACGAUGCACCCGAGACCAACAUAUCGAAUGUCUCUGCUGUUGAAAGACCGACGACCUUGACCCUUGGCAAACAGGAAAUCGUCAUGAUGGACACCAUGAAUCUACUCAGCCCCGUGUCACCCAUCUCGAAACAGAUUUUACCACUGAAUUUGUCCAGUGACGAGGAAAUAGUCACAGGGCUAUCAUUUCCUCUGGGACCCCCAACCAGCGUGGAGCCACCAAAAGAAAAACCACCCCCGCCUCCAGUUGAUGUCAGCGACGAAGAAAAUCUUCCAAUAGAACCCUUGAAGAGAUUGAAUUCUACCCGUAGAAUAAAGAAAGAACUACGCACCAGACGCUCUGAUUUUCUUGGAAUCGAGGGGGUAAACGACGACGAACUGGAACGAGAGCUUACCCUAACAAAGCCCCCCGACAUGGCGGCAAUCCUCGCCGAGGAGAGACGCAUCGAACAACUUCAUCGUCGUUCGUACGACACUGACAGCAACUACGAGCAAGAUUCCAGUCACGAACGAGAUUCCGGGGUCGAAUUGGGCCACGCUGAAGACUGGACGAAACAACCGGUCAGCCCUGACAUGUCCCAACACAGCAGACAAAGCAGCGAGCCGUUCGGUGCAAGCGUCACUUCCUCCGAAGAAGAUGAAAUCACGAAGAAAGAAAGGGAAAUCAUCGAGGUGCUCGAGAAGGAGGAACAAUGGCGGUACGGGAACAAUCGUGAGAUGAACAGUGACUUGGGCGAAAAAUUGGCGCACAAGCUGCGCGAGCUCGAAGAGGAGAAGAUGCAGCUGGAGCGGGAACGGGCCCAGGAAACGGCCCUCCGUCGACAGGAAGAGACACUUCGCAAAAACGAGGACAACAUGCGUAAACAGGAGGAGACGUUGCGCAAACAGCAAGAGGAAGCGGCGAGGCUACAAGAAGCAGCACGCGCCGAAGCCGAAGCGAAACGCGCUGAAGAGAUGAGGCAGAAGGAGGAGGAGCUCAGGGUACAAGCGGAACAAUUGAGGAUUCAGAAUGAAAUCGAGGAGGAGAGGAGAAUUGCAGAUGCUCGUCGAAUCGAGGAGAAACGCAUCAGAGCUAUGGAGAAUCAAAUUCGCGAACAAGAGAACACAACAUUGAGUGGUGCUGGUUUGAACGACGAAGAAGACGAAUUUGCUUCUGGGGAAGUGCUCAGAGUGGAAAGAGAGUUGCUUCAGUUGGAACAGGAAGAAUUGAAACGUCAACGAAGCAAUCUAGCAUACCGCGAACAAAAGCAGCUCAAACUGGCAGAACAAUUACAGGAACAAUGGAAAUCUUUGCAAGACGUUGCACAUAGCUCCGCGAACAAUAUUCAACCGUUCAAAACCCAGCCACCAGUGAAUUAUAGGUCAUCGAUGCCGAAUCUUCAGCUUCAGGAUGUCCAAAGAAGAAGACCUCCACCUCCUCCGAUACCUCCUGCUAAACCAUUGCGUUUGAUUGAUCAAAGGCAAAGGGACGUCACUAUCAGGAACAGCAGAAUUCCGUCUGCGGACUCGAUUCCUCAACAAGUGGACGCAUCCUUGAGACACAGUGCAUCGGUUACGACACUUUCGAGUCAUGCUGGCCAACAGAUGACCAGACAAACGUUGCAAGCCCUUAGUGCAGUUCCUCGACCACGAAUUGUUCAAAGUGAUCAGUGGGUGCAACGAAGGAAAAGCGAUGUACCACGGGGUGCUCACGAUUUGAAUUAUCAGCAUUGGCUCAUUCAGGAAGCGGAGCAGAGAAGAAUUAGCGAAAAGAAUCAGCGAUCACCAGCCCGGAAAUCUCAGAUGCACGUAACUGGAACGUCAGUUCCUUAUGCUACUGCUCCAACGAGAACGGACAGUAAACCAUUACCUGAUUCAAUUAUACAAACUCUUACACAAAGAGUGCAAAACAGAGCGCAAGAGAAGCCUCUUCCGCCGAGAAGAAGAUUGGAGCACAGUACCAGUCAGGAACAUCUCUCCACGUUGCAACACCAGCCACAUGUUAUGCCACAACAAAAGUCUCAGCAACCACCACCGAUGAACACGGAGAAUCAAGAGAAAAUGUUGAGCGUCAGUGGUAAAAAGAAGUGUUCGCAUUGUGGAGAUGAAUUAGGUCGAGGUGCUGCGAUGAUCAUCGAAAGCCUCCGACUGUUCUAUCACAUGGAAUGUUUCAAGUGCUGCGUGUGUCAUGUGCGGCUCGGUGACGGACUAAUGGGAACAGACGUGCGUGUUCGGAAUCACAAGCUUCACUGCCAUAACUGCUACUCCAGUGACGACGGUGUCAAGUUCAGCUGCGUGUAAAACGAAACGGAACAACGGCUAAUGGAAGCACACUAACUUGAAUAUAGCAUCACGCGGCUAUAUUUUAUAAGUUAUAGUUGACCAUAUAGCUACACGUGACACGCGAAAGUGACACCGACAGAUUCUCUGUUAAAAUUCUGUACAUAACACUGUGACAGACAAAAGCAAACAAGAUCGAUGGUCAUACUAUGUCCUCGUUUUGUUACACAUCACUUUAAAACAUUUAAUAAGAUUUCAAAUAACGCCGAUUUCUUUUCGAUCGACUAACCGUUAGAUCGUGUAAAUAAACGUGUAUUUAUGUAAUUAGCGUAAAGAUAGGGAUAUCCAAAUGAGAUGAGAUAUUCAUGAAGGAGCUGCUGUCCGCCAUUGAGAACCCAAGAAUUUAGCCUCGAUAUCGGCAAUCAUUCACUGUACAUUUUUGUAAUAUAGUUAUCCCGUGGUAUUUAUGAAAGAUCCCUGAUAUAUGAAGGCUAUAAUAACAAGAAAACCCUCUACUUUUAUUCCUUGCUACACCCUCUUUCUCUCUCUUUAUUUUAUUUUUUCAGCGCAUACAAUCAGUAGACGAUUCUUUGAGUUAAUUCGAUCGACGUCUCCCGUUGGCGUAACCAGGUAGGGGCUAUAUGACGUGUGACGAUGUAGAUUUUCGGACCAUGCGUGGUAAGACACGUGUUGAUUUUGGGCGUGGCGAUGCAACGGGUGACGAUUUAACGCGUGGUGAUGCUAUGCGAAGUAGUCUAACGCGUGGUUAUAUGCGCGUGAUAAUGGAAUGCGUGGUGAUGCUACACGUGGUAAUUGUAUGCGUGGAGAUGCUACUCGUGGUAAUUGUAUGCGUGGUGAUGCUACACGUGGUGAUACAACGCGUGGUACUGCAAUGCGUAGUUGACCAACGCGUAGUAAUCUAACGUGUAGUAAUUCAGCACGCGACCAUCUAACGGUAAUCUAAUGUGUAGUAACUCAAUGGGUAAUAAUCUAUCGCGUAGUAAUCUAAUGCGCAGCAAUUCAACGGGUGGUAAUCUAUCACGUAGUAACCUAACGUGUGGUUAUUCAACGCGUUGCACUCUACCGCACAGUUACCAAACACGUGAUAAUUAUCUAACGCAUAGUAAUCCAGCGCGUAGUAAUCUGACGCGUGGCUAUACAUCAUAUGGCAAUAUCACGCAACCUGAAGACCCAAAGAAAUCCUAGUUACGCCAAUGACGUCUCUCCCACGGAGAUUGUUCAGAUCCUUAAUUGUUACGAUGAAGUAGAACGAUGAAUUAUAGCUGCAUAGCGAGAUGCAAUUUCGAGUAUCUGUUUUUUCUUUCUUUGUUUCUUUUAUUUCUUCGACGACGACGAUGGUCAAACGUUUCCUCGUGAUCGAUCGGAGAUAACUUGCUAUUGUGAAAUAUUGUAUGAUACGUGUCUCGUGUUACUGCAACAUGUAAUUUUACAUAUUAUCGAGAAUAAAUGUUUAUUAUAACGAGCGUA